UUGCUGCCGGAGCUAUCUGUCCGUUUUGGUUUCAACAGCUGCCGUGAAAGCGACUGCCUGGAGACAUGUCUGCCUCGGGAGGGGGUGACCAGAACCCAAAGGCCCAGGGGAACCCCGGGAAUGUGGUGGGGGUCUCCGAUAAGGAGAUUGGAGCUGGUGACUGGGUGAUGAGUAGCACCGGGCCUCUUGUAGGUCUCCAGGUGCUGGAACCCAUGGAGACCUUGGAAACCGGAGAGGCUGGGGAGAGUAGUGUUAUCUGUGAAGGCACCGUGGCCUUCGAGGCUGGAGUCACGGGGGCCAUGGCAACCUGGGAGGUCGGGGCAUCUGGAGAGGCAGCGGCGACUGGAGUAGGCCCCUUCGAGGGAGCUGGAGAGGCAGGAAUAGCCAUGGUGGAGGAAGUGACCGGAAUCAUGGAGGAACCUAGGGCCCAGUCCAUGGCCCUGGUCCCGGCCCCCCAGAUCUGGAGAGGGAGUGGAUACAUGAGUGGGGAGGAAUCUGACAUAGGUCCAGCAGAGGAAGAGGGAGUGGAAGAGGAGAGAUCACCGGGCUUGGAAAUCCUUAUAGAUGCCCAUCAUUUCCCUAUGGCGGGCUUUCGUUUUAUGUUUGUGGAGCUGAUGCAGUCCCUUCUGCACCGUAUCUACCACAAUGACCAUAUCCUGAUGACGGUCCGUGAUGCCCAGAUGAUGUUGAGGUCUCAGUUUAGCGAUAACAAUAUAGCUUGGUCCCGGGUCCCUGCACUCCUGGCACCCCAAGAGCCAGCCCAAGGAGAGCCAAUCCAAGGGGAAAUGGAGGAGGAGCAUGGGGAACUAACUGUUUUGGCUACCGUUGAAUCUAUUCCCUGGGAGAGUGAAGAAAGAGAAGAAGAGACCACCACAUGGGAAUACAUGGAAGAUAACUGGGAUCCUCAGGAAACCAUUAAAUACCUGGAAGAAAACUGUGAUGAAGAGAUCCAAGAUUCUGGAAAUGAAGAAGAAGAAGAAGAAGAAGAAGAAGAAGAAGAAGAAGAAGAAGAAGAAGAGGAGGAGGAGGACGACGACGACGAGGAGGAGGAUGAGGACGAGGAUGAGGAAGAGGAGGAGGAUGAGGAAGAGGAGGAGGAUGAGGACGACGAGGAGGACGACGAGGAGGAGGAGGACGAGGAGGAGGACGAGAAGGAGGACGAGGAGGACGAAGAAAAAGAAGAAGGAGAAGGAGGAGAGAAGAUUAACAAAAACCAAGAAGGACCAGAAAGGAAUCUACCCCCAUCUGACAGCAUUCUGUGAAAAUACAGUUGGGAAGAACAGAAAGAAGAUGAAGGAAGGAGAAUCUGUUGUUUUACUAUUUUUAGGUUUUUCACUUUUAGAAGUUAAUAGGAAUUUAUACUUAAUGUUGUUUCAUCACCAGAAAUGUGCUAUUCAAUCAAAUCUGAAUUUCACCUUUUACUGAUACUUGCCAGCAUGUGUUGUAUUAAAAACCGAAAGUUUGUCAGAAACAGAGAGUAGAAUGGUAGUGAUCUAGAGUUGGGAAGUAGGAUAAAUGUGAUAAUUUUAGUUUAAAAAAAGUAUAGAUGUUCAAUUAUGAAUUUGUUCUUAGGACUUAAUGUAUAACAUAGAAAACAUAAUUAUUAAUAUUGUAAUAAUAGUCAACUAUUCUGCAACUAUAGUGUUAUUGAAAAUACUUGAAACUUGCUAAAAAUGGAUCUUAAAUAUCUCCACUACAAAAUAGAAAAUAGUAGUUAUAUGAUAUGAUAAGAAGUGUUAACUAAUGUGGUGAUAAGCAUUUUGCAAUAUGUAUAUGUAUCCAGCCAACACUGUAUACUUUAAUCUCAAAUAAUACUGUGUCAGUUAUAUCGUAAUAAAGCUGGAGAAAGUCUGAAAAAUAUUAAAACAUAAAUAAAAU